UGUAGAAUAAACAAUGAAAAGUAAUAUAAUAAUGAGGUUAUGCAAUCUCAUGGCAACCUAUAUCAUUUGAAUAAAUAAAUAUUAAAAAUAAAACAUAUUUAGUGGUUCAUUUGUGUUGAGUAUAAGUGAUUAAUUUGUAUAUAAGGAAAAGAAUAUGCUCCACUACCAAUAUAUAUGCAAUUCUUAUAAGUCAGAAAACUCUCCAUCAUUAGGUUGAUAAGGAUCCGCGUUGGAUUACUAGUUGAACAACUAACUUCGACAGACAUCUUAAGUCAACUGAAAGAAGUGGAUGUAUUGGUCUAAUGUUAUAAACAUCAUGUGUUUAUUCACUUGGGUACACUGUCUUGCGAUCAAAGAAGAGGACAGGGAUGAGGCAUUCGUCGAGGAGGAGAAAAGUGAAAAUAUUUGUGAUCAGGAGGCAGCCUACCUACCGGAACUUAUAGGGCCUUCCGGCGGCGACUUCUUCAAUCCCUGCCCAGGACACUCUUCCGGCUUGGCUGGGGAGGCCUUCGCCGACCUGAUAAACAGCCUCAUCAUCUCGGAGUGCCUGCUGGAGGCACCGUGCAGCUACCCUUACGACAUGGGAGGUGAGUGCCGCCGAUCUACGAUAUUCGACUUCAUCGUUAUCGGAGGGGGCACCGCAGGAGCAGUUCUUGCCGCCCGCCUAUCCGAAAUAGCGGAUUGGAAUGUACUCCUCAUCGAGGCUGGAAACGAUCCGGAAAUGACCUCCGCCGUGCCUUACUUCUUCCAAAAUCUCCUCAGAACUAAAAUGGAUUGGAACUUCGUGACUGUCCCCGAGAAAGGGCUCUACAACGGCCUCAUGGGGAGGGUCAACAGGUGGCCGCUGGGCAAGGCACUCGGAGGGACCAGCUCGAUCGGCCAGAUGCUCUAUAUCCGCGGCUGCUCCAGGGACUUUGACAACAUCGCGGCCGCUGGCAACGUAGGCUGGGCUUCCGAGGACGUAACCCCCUACUUCCUCAAGUCGGAGGACAUGACAGACAUGAUAUUACUCCAAAGCGAGGGUAACAGGGAAUACCAUGCCCGAGGGGGGCCCCUCAAAUUGGGGCGGUUCUCCUACCUCGCGCCGAUAUCGGUCUUGAUCCAAAACGUCAGCACCGAUAUCGGUUACCCGAGGAAUUACGACAUUAACGGUAUAUCGCAGGCUGGCUUCAUGGCCCCCAUGACCGGGACCGUGUUGACAGGCGAAAGGCUCAAUACCGCCAAAGCUUUCAUAAACCCAAUAAAGCACAGGAAAAAUCUUUUUGUUAUUAAACACGGCUAUGUUUAUAAAAUACUCAUUUGUCCCAAAACGUCAAGAGCGUAUGGGAUCCAGUACAUGUACAGAAAUGAACAAAUGGGCAGAACGCUGCGUGCUUCUAGAGAAAUCAUUGUCUGCGCGGGAACAGUUGGGUCGGCCAAGCUGAUGAUGCUGUCAGGUGUCGGCCCGAAGAAUGAACUGGAGCUGUUGGGAAUAUACUGUGUAAAGAACCUGAGGGUGGGUCGCAACCUGAUAGAUUCCGUCCAGUUUCCUGGUGCGCCGAUCGUUCUCGACUUCGGAGAUUCUACUCAAACCACUUUGUGUGAACUGGAUGAAGCUUACGAGUACCUAACCAGAAGGACCGGCUUGUUAGCGUCCAUUGGAGCUACGGAAUUGAUAGGAAUGAUAAACUUGGAUACGGACGAGUCACCUGAUGUAUCAAUGCAAUUUAUGCAUAUUAUAGUCAACGAUUCUUUUCUACUACAAGACUUUUUGAAGAAUCUCGGAGUGACCGAUGAGAUAGCUAGUCAGUAUCUAGCUCUGACCUAUAACCGCAAUAUUUUGAUACCUUUCAUCAAAUUAUUGCACCCCAGAAGUAGAGGAACCGUAAGGUUGAGGUCGGAUAACAUGGACGAUAUGCCAUUGAUUGAAACGAGAUAUCUCGAGCAUUCGAAAGAUUUCAAUACGAUAAUGUGGGGCAUCAAAUAUGUCGAAAAGAUGUUAUCUAACGAAAUGUUUAAGCGUUACAACGCGACGAUGAAAUACCUGGAGAUGGCGGGUUGCUGCGGAAUCAAGCGGGGGACGGAUCACUACUGGGCAUGCGCGAUGAGCCACCUCGCCGGGACGGGCUAUGACCCCAUCGGGACCUGCAAGAUGGGACCCUCGGACGACCCCACGGCCGUGGUGGACCACCAGCUGAGGGUCUACGGGAUCAAGGGACUGCGGGUGGCGGACGCGAGCAUCAUUCCGACCUCGGUCACGGGGCCACCGCUCGCCAGUGUCAUCAUGAUCGCGGAGAAGGCGGCGGAUAUGAUCAAGAUGCAAUGGAUCAGCGACUACAAGCCCGUCUUCCGGCCCCCGCUCCCGGCCAAGUCGAAGCCGGAAGUCAAGGACAGCUAGCAUGCCCAAGCUCUACCUCAUUGGAUGGACGGCACCGCAAGGCGAUAACUUUAUAGCCUGAAGUAGAACACGUAGGCAUAGCGCGAAACAAUGGUCGGGAUCUGUAACAAAUAGUCUACGCUUUAUUUCAUAUGCAUGAAAACCCUGAUAUUCACGUUUUAUGAAAAAUAAAAAUGUGUUUUAGCUAAUAUCUACAAUUUAUGUAAAAGACAAAAAAUCCACCAAGAGACAGGAAAUCGAUGCUAGGUCAUAAUUGUAAAUCUUCUAAUCUCUCAGCUUUCUGAUUCUAAGAUAAAGAAUAAAAU